AUGACUAUAUUGAUGGGAGAUAAUAAUGCCAUGGUUGAGCAAUUAAGUGGAACCAGAGAUUUCUCAAAGUAUCUUGUUGAUGGAUACUGCAUCAGAGAUCUACUGCCAACUGAUGAGAACUUGCUAUCUAGAGGUCUAUACUUCCCAUCUGUCUGUAACUUGUGUUGUAAGGAACCUGAAACAUCUAAGCAUCUAUUUUUUGGCUGCACCUUUGCUUCUUGUAUUUGGAGUUGGCUUGCUUCUGUUAUCAACUGCAAUGUUAGCAUUUCAUCAAUUGAGGACUUGAAUACCUUGUUGAACAAGCAAUGCUCCCUACAAUGCAAGGUGGUCCUGAUCUCAGCAGUUAUUCAUUCGGUGAAUGCUAUUUGGUUUGCAAGAAACCAAAUCAGAUUCAACAACACUAAGAUCCAAUGGAGGUCUUCAAUUGCUAGAAUUAUUGCUGAUGUUAAUCUCUCUGGCAAUUACACUAGUAAAGUUUCCUCUCCAUCUAUUUCUGAUUUCGUGCUUCUGAAGAAUUUUAAUGUUAAUAUCAAUCCUCCUAGGGCCCUUACCAUCAAGGAAGUGAUUUGGCAACCUCCAAUCUUUGAUUGGGUUAAAUGUAAUACAGAUGGUGCUGCGUCUGGAAUCAGUGGAUUGGCUGGAGCUGGUGGAAUAUUUAGAGAUAGCUAUGCAGAUCAUUUGGGUAGUUUUACUUUGAAAGUAGAGAAUGGCAAUGCGCUCAAAGCUGAGUUAGUAGGAGCCAUGACAGCAAUUGAGAUAGCUGCUAGUAAUAAUUGGAGGAAAUUAUGGUUGGAGACUGACUCCAAAUUGGUGGUUUCGGCUUUCCAAUCUGGUUCCAUAGUGCCUUGGCAGUUAAGACAGAGAUGGAAGUAUUGUUUAUUUACCAUUCAAUCUAUGGAUUUCGUUGUGUCACAUAUAUUCAGAGAAGGUAACCAUUGUGCAGACAAGCUUGCUAAUUUAGGUAUUUCGUUGAUAGAUUUGGUUUGGCUUAAUGAUGUUCACAAUAGUAUUAGAGAUGAUUUUGCCAAGAACAAGGUAGGACUUCCUUGUUUUAGAAUUGUUUUUUGA